GAAAUUGGUACACGCUUACAAAAUGGGUGAGAUAGCACUGCAAUAUAGGGCACCGCGCAGCCUGCGUACGCGCAUACAAAGAGCGACGAGAUGAAGAGUUUGAUUCUCAUCUGUGUAUUUUCUGUGCUGCAGCAAGCAUUAUCAGUAUGCCUGCCAGCGUGCCCGACAUUGUCACCACCGGCGAUAGACCUGCUUCUACCACCGCUCUUACCAUCCACACCUCUAGCUCUCCCCGCCCCGUGCCCCGCUUACGCACCUUCGGUGAAUCUACCCGCGUUGACACCUAUUCUAGCGUCCACACUAUCUUCGUCGAUCGCUGCUACACUACCACCGAUAUUGGAAGCAGCAUUGCCAACCGUGUUGACUUCUGCGUUGACGGCCGCAGCGCCUUUGUUAGGUGCAGCCCCGUUGCCUUGUCCGGCAGCACCGUUAGUUUUGCCGGCAGCCCCUUGUGCGAUACCGGCCCCAGCGCCCUUGGUUUACGCUACCCCAGCACCAGCACCUUGUGCUUGUCCAGCACCAGCACCUUGUGCUUGUCCAGCACCAGCACCUUGUGCUUGUCCAGCCCCAGCGCCGUUGGUUUAUGCUGCUCCAGCACCGGCCCCUUGUGCGUACGCUGCGCCGGCACCAGCCCCUUGUGCUUACGCUGCCCCCGCACCGGCGCCUUGUGCGUACGCUGCGCCCGCACCGGCGCCUUGUGCGUACGCUGCUCCAGCACCAGCCACUUAUGCGUACGCUGCCGCAGCACCGGCUCCAUGUGCUUUAGCCCCCCCAGCAUAUUAUGCAGCACCAGCACCAACUUGCCUAUCUAUAUGCCUUUAAGCACCUUUUUUAUUUGAAAAAUAAAUGUUUUUGGUAAUUA